UGUCCAGUGUGACUCGGUCUGACUUGACACCGCAGUGUUCGUCUGGAUUGAAAGUUUGCAUCGUGGAAUCAGGAAGUUGAGCUGAACAGUACUCUGUGGCAGCAGCAGCAGCAGCCCGCCUGUCUGUCUGCCUGUCUGCCGCUGCUGAGGACCUGAACCCGCUGGAACCCUCUGGAACCCUCUGGAACCCUCUGGUGAUGCUCUCUGACCUCUGGACCUCUCAGCCAUGUGAGUGACAGUAGGAUCCGGGCCUCCUCCCUGUGGUGGAACUCUGCUCUCGUAGUGAUUAACCAGUGACUCCAGUAGGAAUGUCCUACUGGUCUGUUGGCCUUCCCCAGGACUCUGGAGACACUCCCAGCAACAUGGAGCAACAAAGCAACCCUGGGGAGGAAAUGGGAGCCAAGUCAUCGUUGGUGGAGGGUCCGGGGCACGGCUCUGCACUGGUUACUUCUCCCACUCUGGAGAACAUCCGGGCAGCAUAUGAAGACGGAGAGGAGGAAGCUGCCAGGGAGCUGGUCCAACAAGCCUGCUGUGUGGAGUGCAGCGCAGGGAUGCCCCGCAUCAACGGGGUGCGUCUCCUGUGUGUGGCCACUCAGCAUGGUGAUCUGCAGAGUGUGUGUUACCUCCUGAAAGAAGCCCGUAUAACUGUUCCCCAGGAGCCGUCCAACAGCAACCCAGCCAUCCUGGCAUCAUACUACGGCCACGCCAGCCUGGUCAAAGAGCUGCUGGAUUCUAUACCUGGUCCAUGUCUGAGGAGAGACUUGCUGAACUGGAUGCUGGCCACAUCUUGCCAACAGGGUCACCUGGACGUGGUCCGGCUUCUGGUCCACAGCUACGAUGCUGACGCCAAGGACUGUGCCAUCCAUAGCGAUGAGUUUGCUGUCAUCACUGGGCUGCCGCUCUACGCUGCUGCACGAGCAGGUAACGAGGAGAUAGCGUGCUUCCUACUGCAGAACGGAGCAGGAUUCUCCUCGUACACCCUGAUGGACCAUCCAGCCUUCAGCAAACACCUCCUCAGACUGAAGCUACAGGAAACGUCCAACGCAGAGGGAGAGGAGGCUGUCACCGUGUGCUGGAGUGGUCUGCAACUGCCCUGGUUGGAGCUGGAUUGGUUCAUGGACGUCUCCUCACGUAUCACCCACCUGGAUCUGUCAACCAACAGCCUGACUGCUCUGCCCUCCGUGGUGCCCUGGGGUCUCAUCCACCUGCAGACUCUAGAUCUUUCCAACAAUCUGCUGAGAGAGCUGCCAGCUGCUCACAACUCCCAGGAGGUCAUCUGCUCAAGUUUACAGCAGAUCAAUCUCUCUCAGAACCAGCUCACCAGUUUGCCACCCGGACUUCUCCAUCUGACCCACAUCCAGAGACUUUCUGCUGCUAAGAACCAGCUCACAGUCUUGUUUGACAUCCCUCUCACCACUAACUGGAUCGGUCUACGUAAGCUGGAGGAGCUGGAUGUGUCUGAUAACUGUCUGACCAGUCUGCCCACGGCAAUCAUGCACUGUUUGAAAUCCUUGAGCUUCCUCAACGUGUGCAGGAACACACUGAGCACCUUCCCUGACCCCUGGGCUUGUCCACUGAGACAAUGCAGAGCUUCUUUCAAUGUGAUUGAGAGUCUUCCAAACACCAUCUCCAUCUUCUGGAGGACUCAGCUGCAGGAGGUGGACUUCUCUGACAACAGCCUGAAGGAGCUGCCCUCAUAUAUCUUUGAACUGGAGGCUCUGGUCUCGUUGAGAUUGUGUGGGAAUCACAUUGCGACACUCCCAGCUGCCAGUAAAUGGAAGUGCUCUCAGCUCAGGACCCUCGAUCUUUCCAGGAACCAGCUGGGCAAAACAGAAGAGGGGCCCAAGUCCAGGAGGCUGGCCUUCCUGACUACAUGGAACAAGAGGGACCCGGACCCAGACCCAGUGUGUCCCAUCGAGUUUCCGAUGAUUCUGCGGGAUUCACUGGAAGUGCUUUUCUUGAAUGACAACCAGCUGGAGUGUGUUCCCCAGUCAGUGUGUGGUCUGCACAGCCUCACUGAGCUCUACCUCUCCAAUAAUCCUGCGAUUCGGGAGCUUCCAGCAGAGCUCAGUCAACUCUCCAACCUGUGGCAGCUGGACACCGAAGACCUCAACAUUACUAAUGUCCCCCAGGAAGUCAGAAAAGAAGGUCCUAUAUCUGUCCUGGCUUUCCUCCGGGCACAUCUUCGAAAGGCAGAGCCUUAUAAGCUGCUGAAGAUGCUUGUGAUUGGUCCACCGAGACAGGGGAAGACGGCCAUUCUGGAGGCUCUACAGAGCGGCAGGGCGGCCCCCUUCACCCCAGCAGGGUGCAGCAUCUCCACCUCUACCUGGGAGCUGGACAAACCCAACAGAGGCAAAAACAGCAAGGACUCCAUGGCGUUCAACGUGUGGGACAUCGGUGGUCAAGCAAACAUGUCCACGGUGAACCAGUGUUUCUUCACUGAUAAGGCCCUGUACGUGGUGGUCUGGAACCUCGCUCUGGGAGAGGAAGCUGUGGCCAACCUGCAGACAUGGCUGCUCAACAUAGAGGCACGAGCACCCAACUCUGCCGUGGUGGUUGUGGGAACACAUUUGGAUCUCAUCGACACCAAGUUUCGCACUGAAAGACUGGCCACGCUGAGAGCUUACAUUCUGGCUCUGUGCCGAUCCCCUUCAGGGGCUCGAGCCACCGGCUACCCCGACAUCACCUGGAAACACCUGCAGGAAGUGUCCUGUAAGACCCUGGAGGGCUUGGAUGGGCUGAAGAAGCUGAUCUACCAGGUGGCUCUCUCCAUGAAAGACAGCGGCAGCUCAGCCUGUGGCAGUAAACUGGUGGGCAGACUGAUCCCCAGGAGCUACCUGACACUUCAGGAAGCAGUGCUAGCAGAGAAGCAGAGGCGGGAUGAUGAGGGUGAGGUCCAAUACCUAACUGACGCCCAGCUGGACCGAAUCAUCGAACAGAACCCAGGAAGUGACAUCACAGACUAUGAGGACCUGCAGACUGCCAUCAGCUUCCUGAUAGAGACGGGGACCCUGCUUCACUUCCCCGAUACAAGUCAUGGCCUUUGUACCCUCUACUUCCUGUGUCCUGUGUGGCUGUCAGAAUGCCUGGAGAGGAUCAUGCACCUCAAGUCCUCUCGCUCGGUAGCCAGGAAUGGAGUUAUCCGAGCUGAAGACCUUCGGAUGCUGAUGGUAGGAACAGGGUUCACCCAGCAGACAGAGGAACAGUAUUUCCAGUUUCUAGCCAAGUUUGAGAUUGCUCUUCCUGUGGCCAGCAAGAGCUAUCUGCUGCCCCACCUCCUUCCCCCUAAGCCAGCCAUGGACAUCCACGGCUUCCGUCAGCAGACCAACAACACCCUGCAGCGCCUUGUCCAGAUGAGCUUUGUUCCUGCCGGAUUUUGGGAGCGCUUCAUUGCCAGGAUGCUCAUCAGCCUCACAGAGAUGGACCUGCAGUCAUUUGAGCCCAAAAGAGACACCAGGAGCCAGCGCAGCAGAAACUCUGUGAUCUACAGCUUUGCCGGAACCCAGCCGAGGAACCGUUGCAGCACCUUCAGAGUCCGACGCAGCCAGACCAUCUACUGGAAGGAGGGGCUGCUGGUCACUUUUGAUGGAGGUUACCUCAGCGUGGAGUCAUCAGAUGUCAGCUGGAAGAGGAAGAAGAGUGGAGGCAUAAAGAUCAUCUGCCAGUCAGAGGUGAGAGAUUUCUCUGCCAUGGCCUUCAUCACAGACAACGUCAACUCUCUGAUUGAACAGUGGUUCCCAGCUCUGACAGCCAGUGAGAGUGAUGGAAGUCUCCUCAUAGAGCAGUACGCCCCCUGUCCCCUCUGUGUCUCGCUGGGCCAACAGAAGCGGGCAGAACCAGCGGCCAGCCAGGCCGGCCAGGACGAAGAGGAAGGAGCCUGUGGAGGAGACGGGGUUCAUUACUUUAACAUGGAGGACUGUGUGUUGGCUGCGGUGGAGGAGGAGCACAUCAUCUGUCCUCAGCACCCUGGCCAGCCAGUCACCCUCCAGGAGCUAGUCCCAGAGCUCUUCAUGACUGACUUCCCUGCACGGCUCUUUUUGGAGAGGGGCCAGCUCGAGUACUCCGAGGAGGAGAAGAACAUCCUCGGCCAGGGUGGCAGCGGGACCAUCAUCUACCGAGCCCGAUAUCGGGACCGACCGGUAGCCAUCAAACGCUUCCACUUCAAGAAGUGUCGACAGCAGACCAUCAGCAGUGACACAGACACCAUGGUGAAACACCUGCAGUCUGCGGACGCCUGUCGGAGCUUCUCUGAAUUUCGCCAGGAGGCCAGCAUGUUGCACUCUCUGCAGCAUCCCUGCAUCGUCUCUCUGGUGGGCAUCAGCAUCCAUCCGCUCUGCUUCGCCCUGCAGUUAGCCCCCCUGGGCAGCCUCAACACCGUGCUGGAGGAGAAGCGCAAAGGCACAGGCUCCAGCUACAUGCCUCUCGGUCACAUGCUAACUUUCCGAGUAGCGUAUCAGAUUGCAGCAGGACUGGCGUACCUUCACAGGAAGAGCAUCAUCUUCUGUGAUCUCAAAUCUGACAACAUCUUGGUGUGGUCUCUGGAGGUGCAGGAUACAAUUAACAUUAAACUGUCCGACUAUGGCAUUUCUCGACAAACCUUCCAUGAGGGGGCAUUGGGGGUCGAGGGCACGCCAGGGUACCAGGCUCCUGAGAUCCGACCAGGCAUUGUGUAUGAUGAGAAGGUGGACAUGUUCUCCUAUGGUAUGGUGCUGUAUGAGCUGCUGUCGGGGCGGAGGCCAGUGCUUGGACACCACCAGCUUCAGAUAGCAAAGAAGCUCUCCAAAGGCAUUCGGCCGGUGCUGGGCAGUCCAGAGAAAGUUCAGUUCUGCUGCCUCCAGAGUUUGCUGACUGAAUGCUGGGACACCAAGCCCGAGAAGAGGCCGGUGGCCACGCUGUGUGUGAGGCAGAUGCAGGAGCCCAGCUUCCCCUGCCUCAGGUAUAUGUUGUCCUGUGACAGCCACUCGCAGCUCUUCCUGCAGGGACACAGCGCUGUGUUCUGGAACGGAGACAAGGACAACAGGAGCUACAGUGUGGUGAAUGUGGAGAAGGGCCAGGUUGAGGUGAAGAGAAUGUCUGUGCAGGCAGCCAGGAUCAGCUGUCAGAUGAAGAUGGGUAACAUUCUGUGGAUGGCCACUGAGGAGCAAGCGGUUUUCAUCUACAGUCUGAAGGACAUGUGUCCGCUCAGUCAGCCCCAGAAACAGUUCUGUCCAGCCAUCAUCACCUGCCUGUUCCCUGUUCCAGCAAGAGAACAGAGCCUGGCCAGAGUGUUUGCGGGAAUGUCUGACGGCCUGGUGGCAGUGUACAGCUUGGUGGAGGACCUUCCUCUGGAGGGGGAAUCCUACCUGUGUUCACACACCCUCAACAAGACAGUGUUUGCUCUGAAGGACUCGGAUCCCAGGCAGAGACCCUACCCAGUCAGGAGCAUGGCACUAGUCAGCAGUGGCUCUCAGUUAUGGUUCUCCAAUGGUCCGGGCGUUCUGGUCAUUGACUGUCUGAGUCUUCAGGCAGUUCGAAGGCUGGAGCCCUAACCGCCAUCCUCCAUUGUAUCCAUGACAACCAGCUUCAGUCUAUGGGGAGAGGAGGCAGUCUGGAUGGAUGACCACAUCAACACCCUGCUGCUCUACCAUGCUGCCUCCUUCCAGCUCUGUGCCAAGUACUGCUGCGGAGACAGCAAUCCUCCGGACGUCUUCCCUGUGCAGCGUCCUGCAGGGGUUUCCAUGGUGACGACCACUGAACUCAAGACCGCAGACCGGGAAGAGAAGCUGGAAUGGGCUAAUGGAGAAGUGACACUGAUCUACAGAGAAGCGGGUACUCAGAUCAUUCAGCACCAGGAUUCACUGACAGACUACUGCUCCAUAUCAUCCAAUUGCUCCCUGGAGCCGCUGGGGUCGGACCGUUCCAGCACCGCAGACCUCGCCUCAUUAGCCAGCCACAGCAGCAGCAUGCCACCGCCUACAGACCGGGUGGAGACAGGCAGGGACCAGGACCAGCGGGUGUCCACGAACCCCGACAGUGAUCGAGACACUGCAGAGACCGUGAUCCCCACACCGCCUCAGCUGCGAGCCUUCAAUGUGCUGCCAGUGAACGGAACUCUGUGGAUCCCCAGGCGUGGAGGUGAUGUGAUGGUCAUUGAAGUGCAGUCACAUGGUGAUGAGCUGAGGGGGCGUGUCAUUGCUGUCCUCAGUCCACCUGGAUGUUCCUCUUUGGGGAUCCUGGAGGAGGCAGCACUAGUGGCAAAGGACACAGUUGUAUGUGGCUUUCAUAAGGAAAACAUGGAGUGGUGCCUGUGUGUCUGGAGGGGCUGGGGCUGCCGAGAGCUCGAAGUCUUCUACCAGUCUUACGAGGAGCUCGGCCGUUUGGAGACCAGCUUUAGGAAAAGAAGGUAGCCGUUGUGCUGCGUCGGCGAGGUGCAGAAUCACAGCUCUGUACGGCAGGCGAGCCAAGGGGGGAAUACACGCCGACAGAGUGCAAGUGUUCGGAGCAGGGGGGGCCGCCAAAUGCUGACAUCAGGGCAACGUAGGAGGGGGGGGAGGAGGGCUGAGCCUCCAGCUGUGCACAGCGGUUUGGUCCCCUCACUUCAUACGUCAGUACCAAUAAUACAAAUCUGUAAUCAGCCCUGAAAGCUGAGUCACAGAUCAAAGUUGCCAGAACAAAACUUUACUUCUGCACAGAGGUUUUAAUUUCAUAUUUCAUCCAGUCUGGUAUGACUGGAAUUCAGCUCAAGAUGUGGUGGACUGUUUGUGUCUGACUCCAGCUGCUGCAAUCCAUUGUUUAUUCUCUCCGUCUAUUUCAGUGUCCCCUUCAUUUAACUAUUCCAAUCUGUAACUUUAUGGACGGGGACAUUCUUAAGGGACAAGUACUGACUCUUUUAAAUGAAUUGCUGUUGGAGAAACAGCUGUGUGCAGGUCGUCGAUGGCAGCGGCGCUGACUCAUAACACAUUGUUCCUCUCUUUUAUCUGUGCCACAUGAAUCUGCAUGCCAGCCACAGUUCCUAUUGUUGUCAGAGAACAUCUGUGCAACGUUAUGUAACAGACCAGUGGUUCCCAGCUUCUGCCAUCAAAACAUAAUACUUUAUUUUUUUAAAUUAAACUCCAUUCUGGCUUCAGACGCCGCAGUGUGUUCCUCGCUCAACUCUGUUCCACCGGCAUCUGUACCUCAGUAGAAUAGGAAUCAUCUGAAACAUGUUCUUGGGUUUUCAUUGUUACUGGUCUGCCUUUCCUUCACAGAGCUCACGUUAUCCCUCACAUGCACACGGGAUUCACAGGAAAUGAUGCGGCACGUACUGAUGCGGAAGAUAGAAGCCAGUACAUGUGCACAUUUUACAUAAUGUAGUUUAUGUAUUGCAUCAUGGCAUCAUUAAUUUAUUUAAUAAUAAAGUUUUGUUGGCCAUAGCUUCUGUAGUCUUCUUUAUUAAAACAACAGACUGCGUGUCUGGGUUAGUAAACAGCUACCAUACCGGGUGUUGUUAUUCUGUUGUUUCUCUGACAGACUCACACUCCUAUUUAUUAAUUAAUACACCCAGUUAACCACAGGUGUCACCAACUCAGCCGGACCUGAAGUCAGUAGGACUUCAGCUCCCAUAAGACCUUUACAGUGGGCCAAUAGCUUGCUAGGGUAUAUUACUUUUCUCUUGGUUCAAAUGAUGUCAUCCCUUCAUGGGUGGAUUUUGAGACAAUGGGCCCCCUGGACACAGAUAUGCAAAAGGCCCCACCAGCUCUCCUACCAAAGACACACAGACUCUAUAGUUGUUUAGCCUAUUUUUGUAGUUAUUUUGCGUCUCUUUGUAGUUGUUUUCUGUCUCUUUGUGGUCAUUUUGUGUCCCUUUUCAUAGUCGUUGUGAGUCUCUUUGUGUCUCUUUGCAGCUUUUUUGCAUCUCUUUGUAGUUGUUUUGGUAUUUUUACAGUUAUUUUUGUCUAUCGUUGUUAUGCCUUUCUUUCUAGUUGUUUUCUGUCUCUUUGUGGUCAUUUUGAGUCUCUAUGUAGUUGCUUUGUGUUUCUUUGUGGUCAUUUUGAGUCUCUUUGUAGUUGUUUUCUGUCUCUUUGUGGUCAUUUUGAGUCUCUUUGUAGUUGUUUUCUGUCUCUUUGUGGUCAUUUUGUGUUUCUUUCAAUAGUGGUUGUGAGUCUCUUUGUGUCUCUUUGCAGCUGUUUUGCAUCUCUUUGUUGUUUUGGUCUUUUUAGUUAGUCUAUUGACAGAAAACACCACCAAGAUUUCAGCUUUUCAGAAUCUCUUCUGAAAGAAAACCAUUGAGUUACAGAUGCCCGUGGAGCAGAGGCUAUCUACGGGGGGGGGGGGGGGGGACUUUAGCACUCUAUAGGCUAGUUAUAUAGCCAGACAUCAGCCCUCAGGGCUGUUACCUAAUGAUCUAAAAUGUAUCAUACGCACGUAUAUGCUUUUAUUCUUUCCUUGCUCCCUGGUCUAUCCACGUAGGACUAGUGUUACCACUGGAGCUCACAGGUUACAGACACGGCAGAUUCAUGCACGAUUAAAAGCACAGGCACCACUGAGUGCAGGGCUUUGGGUGAAGCGUUGGCUUUAUUGUGUGGUUACAAUGAAACGCUGAGAACCACUGUAGGAAACCACAUGGUUUUACAUAUUUUUAACCAUUUUAUCUUUCCAACCAAAUACUUUUGUUGUCUUAAUUUGGCCCAUUUGCGUUCCGACAGUGGCCAGUGAAGACCUGUAUAUUGUUCAUAACAGCCGAAUAGUAAGGCAAAGGUUAUGUAUUUAUCAGAAUGUAUAAUGAAAGUGCAUUGCAAUAGAAGUUGUUGUGUACACAAUCACUGUACAAUAUAUUACUGAAUAAAGUUCUUAUGAUAACUCUG